AUGGUUCUUGAUAAUAUCAACAUCGUCCCCGUCGGUCCGUUGAUAACCUCAAGGACCGACUCCGGGGCUGAUGGUGAAUAUGACGAGUGGUUGGAUACGAAAAUAGAUUCAUCUGUGGUUUAUAUUUCAUUCGGGACGCUUGCCGUGCUGAGCAAGAAACAGCUCGUGGAGCUUUGCAAGGCGUUGAUACAGAGUCGGAGACCGUUUCUGUGGGUGAUUACGGACAAGUCUUACAGAAGUAAAGAAGAUGGUGAAGAGAAAGAAGAAGAGGUCAUAAGUAGCUUCAGAGAAGAGCUUGAUGAGAUAGGAAUGGUGGUUUCUUGGUGCGAUCAGUUUAGGGUUUUGAAGCACAGGUCGAUCGGUUGUUUCGUGACGCAUUGCGGGUGGAACUCGUCGCUGGAGAGCUUGGUGGCGGGAGUUCCUGUGGUUGCAUUCCCGCAGUGGACUGAUCAGAUGACGAACGCGAAGCUUUUAGAAGAGUGUUGGAGGACGGGUGUGAGGGUGGUGGAGAAGAAGGAAGGGGAAGAAGUUGUGGUGGAGAGUGGGGAGAUACGGCGGUGCAUUGAGGAAGUGAUGGAGGAGAAGGGGGAGGAGUAUAGAAGAAACGCGGCGAGGUGGAGAGAUUUAGCGGCGGGGACGGUGAGAGAAGGAGGAUCAUCGUUUAAUCAUCUCAAAGCUUUUGCAGACGAGCACAUGUGAGAUUUGAUCUAGAUAGAUGAAUUCAGUUUUGUUAUUUCCUUUUUGAUAUUUACAUCAGUUAAUUACUACGUUAUUUUUUUUUGUAACACUCUGGUUCUUGCACUUUUUCUCCUUGGGGUGAACCGUCUACCACCAUAUAUGUAUACAAAACAUUACGCAAAACAUUACGUUAGCUGA